CAGUAAUGUAUCCAAGAAAUACAGAAUAUUCUUGACAUUGAUGAUGUGUAUCGCAUAUUUCUUGUUUGCAUUUAAUAAUUACCAAACGGGCCAAUCAUUCACAGACUUCGAGCACAUCUAUGGCCAGAGUUUUACAGUCAUUUCGUACGCCAAUACUAUUCGCGCGUUUUCCUACGCCAUCGGAGCUCUAAACGGGUUCAUAAUAAAUGCAGUGAACAAGCAACUGGUAAUAAUGGUGUAUUUUAUACUCGAGGGCUCAACUCAGAUAAUAGUGUCAUAUCUAAAGUACGUUGAGGUCCUAUACCUGGAUUACGCCAUCAAUGGCUUCGUGGCCGGAGCCCUCGAAUUGAUCACAAAUGUGUGGACAGUGGAGAUGUGGGGCCGGGAGUGCGGACCAUACGUUCAGGCGGUGCAUUGGGGCGGAAGUAUAGCCGCCAUUCUAACGCCGCAAAUCUUCGCGCCCUACACUAUGGACCCCAAACAUCCCGACACCUCUCGCAUAGAAAUCCCAUACAUUAUCUUAGGCUGCAUUUCGAUAGGUUUCGGCCUAUUUAUGGGAAGUCUGUACUUCUACGAGAAAUAUGUUCCGCGAGAAGUCAAACGAAAUCACGUGAUCGACACGAAGGAGAGUCGAGUGAUGCAGAAGUUUCGUGAGGCGAACGCCAUUGUCAUCGCUGAACUCCGGCCCUCCAUUCCCAAGCAUAUAGUCGUGGUUUUGUGCAGUUUUAUGGUGGCCAUCGCACUGACCCUGCAGUGGUCCCAGUUCAAUUACAUCAUCACAUAUGUCGAGGAUUUUAUGGUGGCCAUCGCACUGACCCUGCAGUGGUCCCAGUUCAAUUACAUCAUCACAUAUGUCGAGGAGUCCGACCUACACAUCCAGAAGGAGGUAGCCACCAAAAUGAACCAAGUAUUGGCCGCAGCCCUACUGGCCAGUCGUGGUUUUAUGACAUUUUUUGCUAGACUACCCUUCGUUACGCCUAAAAUAAUCAAUUUUGGGAGCUAUCUGUUAAUAUUGGCGGCAGAAAUACUAUACUUGAUAUUUACCAAUACUAACGAGACGGGUGUUUGGGUGGCCAAUGUUAUAUAUGGGUUAGGUUUGGGCCCAGUCAUGGCUGGUGCCUAUCAGUUGGCCGAAGAAUGUUUAUCACUCACGGACCUAAUGGGCGUACUCUUCAUAUUCAUGAGUGGUUUUGUUACAGCUAUUACACCCAUUAUAAUGGGCAAGUUUAUGGACACUAAACCCCUUACAUUGGUUUAUGUCAAUCUGUUCUUUAUCGCUCUGUAUAUUGAUUUCGCUGUCAAUGGCUUUGUUUCCGGAGGUAUAGAAUUGUGUAUAAAUAUAUGGGUGGCCGAGAUGUGGGGCAAGGAGUGCGGACCUUAUUUACAGCUCGUCCAUUGUGUGGGUAGUAUAUCGUCCAUUAUAACCCCGGAGCUAUUUGAACCGUUUCUUACGGCUGAUGAUAUAAAUAAAUGUACGGAUGACUCGGUUGCCGAUUCAUCGCACAAAUGGGCUAUUAUUUCAAAACUUUACAUUCCGUACACUGUUUUGGGCGCAAUUACUAUCUUUUUGGGUCUAAUCCUUGGAUGUCUUUAUUGUUAUAAGAAGUACAAUAAAAGGCAAAUCACUGGCGAUGUACUCAAAGAUAACAAAACCGACACAAAGACUCGGAAAACAUUGAAUAAAAUGAAUACAAUAUUCAUAACAGAAUUCAUGCCAUCAAAAGCCAUACUAAUAAUAAUAGUGAUGUGCGGUUACGUGAUAUCCAUCGCCCAGACCGUCCAAUGGGCGCAAUUCAAUUACUUGAAGUCUUUCGUCCAGUUCUUGGACUUAGGUAUCAACGAAACAAACCUAUCGUUGGUAUUGGCCGUAUCCUUCUUCGUGAGCCGAAUCAUAGCCAUUCCUGUGGCCUAUUAUCUCAGCGCUAAA